AAAUAUUUAGGAAAUAAUUGCAUGUAUAUUUAUAUGUCAUUUAAAUUCUAUAUAAAUAUUCAUUCAUUUUUAUACUUUUAUUCUGGAUACGAUUAAUCGUGAUUCAUCGUUGAACGGCCCAAAUCACAGAUGUGCUUUUGUCGUGACAAAGCAGUAAUACAUUCAUUUACUUUUUAUUAUUGAUUCACUUUUCCUUGGUCUCUUAUCCACAGCUCAAAAUGAACGAUUCCAUCGCCAACUUCACUUUUCCGCCAUCUUUGUUCUACGCCAACGCAACAACCUUCACAAACGUGACCUCUUAUGAAAACAGUACCUUCGUGCACUUCACCUUCGGUCGAACAACCACCCCGACCACAACACAGACGCAAGCGCAGAUUAAACUAACCCAAGCCACCACUUCAACAUCAGCUCCCGUGAGCAUCCUGGCAUCCAUAAACCUUCCUUACAUGAUAGCCGAGUUGGUUAUAGCCCUCUUGUCCACAGUGGGCAACCUGCUGGUGUGUGUCGCUGUGGGACUAAACAGAAAGCUCCAAACAGUUACAAACUACUUCUUGGUGUCACUGGCGAUCGCAGACAUCUGCGUCGGUUCUCUGGCGAUCCCCUGCGCCAUAAUGACGGACCUCGGCAUCCCACGACACAACCUCUACCUCUGUUUGCUCAUGCUGUCUGUGCUCAUCAUGUUAACUCAAAGCUCCAUCUUCAGUCUGCUGGCCAUCGCCGUGGAGCGCUACGUGGCCAUCUUCAUGCCCUUCCAGUACCACAGGCUCAUGACGCCUCGCAACGCAGUGCUGGUUUUGUGCGUCACCUGGACGCUGGCGUUCCUGAUCGGUCUGGUGCCGCUGAUGGGCUGGCACAAGACUCCGCCCGAGUCGGGCUACUGCUUCUUCGUGCUGAUUGUGGACAUGACCUACAUGGUGUACUUUAACUUCUUCGCGUGCGUGCUGACCCCACUGGUGGUGAUGUUCCUCAUCUACGCGCAGAUAUUCGUCACGGUCAAGCGGCAGAUGAGAAGGAUCGCGGCAGAACGGGGAGGCGCGGCCAACAACGAGGGAGCGGCGAAGAUGAAGAAAGAGAUGAAGAUGGCCACGUCUCUCUUUCUGGUUCUAUUUCUAUUCACGGCCUGCUGGAUUCCGCUACAUAUUAUAAACUGCUUUCUGCUGCUGUGUCCGUCAUGUCCCGUGCCCCUCCCACUGCUGCUGACGGCCAUCAUUCUUUCUCAUGCAAAUUCGGCUGUGAACCCUGUUCUCUAUGCCUACAAGAUGAAAACUUUCAGGAAGGCUUUUAAAGCCAUAUUUAUGUGUGGUAGAGGCAUUACUGAUGUGGACGACCAACAUGAUACUCAUGCAUAAAGACUGGACAAACGUUCGAUUGAAAAUAUGUUAUUAAAAUGCACCUGGGGGGUGGGUGUAAAACCUUCCCUCUAUUUUGUAUAUGAUAUUUUUGUCUAUAUUUCUAGUAAACAUUCUUUUGAACUAAGACUCCACCAGGUCAUAUAAUAUGUGAUGAAUCCAUAAGCAAAAUCUGCUGGUAGGUAAAGCUUCAUACAGAGGCAUUUACGAUAACGUGCGACCCGAAAGUGAAUGUAUAAAUACAUUCUGGUAAUCGGUAAAACAUAAAAAUGCA